UGCGCCGGAGCAGCGAGCUGCCCACGGUGAAUCCACUGAUAUCUGAUAGGCUGUCCUGAAAAAAUGCCGUUUUCGGUAUUGGGCGGACGCCCACAGGAGACGGGGCGGGAUUUCGGGGGAGAGGAGGCGGGGCCUCUGGCCUUAGGGCGCGAGCAGUUGAAAGACGGUUGGUGUCGGUUCCGAUAAGUUUCGAUUCGGCCGUCCCAGCACUUCUCCAUGGCAGACCCCGAGGAGGCGCGGGUUUCUUCGCAGCCCCCGCCACCUUCCUUCUCUCCCUCGUCUUCUGAUUCCUCUUCCACAUCUUCCCCCGGAAUCCCAGUGAGUUUGGACUGGCCAGUUCCGAGCAGGAGCCCAACGGUGGACCGGCUGGAGGAAGUGGAGCUGCAGAUCGGAGACGCAGCAUUUUCAUUGACCAAACUGCUUGAAGCCACAUCUGCAGUAUCAGCUCAAGUGGAAGAGCUUGCCUUGAAAUGUACAGAAAAUGCACGUUUCCUGAAAACAUGGCGGGACCUCUUGAAGGAAGGCUACAAUUCUCUGAAGCCUGACAACUGAUUUAGCUGUGGAAUAACUCAUACGUCCUCAUUUAUGAUAUUUUCACAUGUAUCAUAUGUUUAGGAGAAUCCCCAGUAGUUCUGUACCCUAAAAAUGGAAUUUUUCUUGGUUCUCUUCACUUUUCUGAAAGCAGAAUACUGAUGUUAUUUUUUUAAAAUAUAUUUUAUUGACAUUUUUACAUAGAGGAAGAAAGAGGGAUAGAGAGUUAGAAACAUCGAUGAGAGAGAAACAUCCAUCAGCUGCCUCCUGCACACCCCCUACUGGGGAUGUGCCUGCAACCAAGGUACAUGCCCUUGACCGGAAUCGAACCUGGGACCCUUCAGUCCUCAGGCCCACGCUCUAUCCACUGAGCCAAACCGCUUAGGGCCUGAUGUUAUUUUUGAUGCCGGCUAGUAUUUGCUUAAUCUUCUGACUAAACUUUCAUAGAACCUUCUAUGAAAGUUAAUUUCAUCAGUAGACAAAAAUACCACAGUGUUACUAGGAGCAAACGAGGUAGAACAUUAUUUUAUUUGAUUUGCAAGAAGAUGGCAAGAAUGGCAGAGUUUAAAGUUACCAAAGAAGGUAACUUUGGUUAGUAAUGUUAGAUCCAGCUCCAUUAGGCUAACUUCUCUAGACCAAUCCCCAGCACCUAGGACAGUGUCACAUAAAAGAGUCAACCUCAUUGACUUGAAGGAAAACUUUUUUUUUUUAAUGGAGAUUUGAACUUCUACUGAUGACAGCUUUUUAAAAUAUAUGCUAAAUAUUUUUUGCCCUCUAGGAUGCUUUUUAAAACAGCUUUUACUUCAGAAAAUGAAAGCAUGUAUAGAAAGAAUGCAUAUUUUCCCCCAUAUUUAUUUCUAAGAUUAACUGCUUCCACAGAUAAUAUUUCUUGCAUUCCAUGUUGUUAGGUCUUUGAUUGUUCUCUUUAAAGUGCCUUAUCACAAUUAUGGCUCUGUACUAACUAUUACUUUUGGAGCUUUGUAAGUAAUAAUUCUUAAUUCUAAAUGUAAUUUUAAAGAAGUUAUUGUUUUUAAUGCAUCAAAUUUAAAUGAUGUGAUUAUUUUCAUAUUAUUUGACUUUAUUGACAAUGUUUUAUUUUACUUGUCCUAUAGCUUAUGUUGCUUUCCUUUCUCUCUCUCUCUCUCUCUCUCUCUCUCUCUCUCUCUGGUGGUUUGUGUCAUAUGUUAAUGAUUAAGCCCACUAAUUCUGUACUAUGUAAUUCUGGACAUCUUUGAUAUAGCAUUUUAUUCUUUGUAGUUAUGGAGAUGUGUAUAAAACUGUAUUCUAAAACUCCACAAUGGGGCUAUGAAAGGGGACAAAUGGAUGGGCAAAUAGUUUUGUUUAGCAUAUUAAGUCAUAGUACUUGAUUAAUUUUUUUAAAGUUAAAGAUAACACAUGAUAUAUACCUGUACCAUAGAGAUGCUUAUUUUGAUAUUAGAAAAUAUUUUUUAAAUAUCAUGAAAAUUGAAAUUAAAAUGUACAAAAAUAAAUUUGUUAAAAUUUUCA